AUGAUAUCAUACUAUACAAUAAUAAUAAGUGCUAUAAUAAUGGUAAUGGUGAUAAUAAUAAUAAUAAUAGUAGUAAUAAUAAUAAUAACAGCAACAUUUUUAGAUGUAUAUCGGUACAGUCCAACAAAUUUUAAAGAGUUGAAAAAAUCGAAAGCAAAAAUGUAUGAAACCGGUUUUGUAUUUGCUUCGCGACAAGCAGAUACAUCAAAAAUUGUUUAUACUUUUUUUGCCAUCUAUAGGUGUACACUGCAACAAACUAUAAAAUUGUUCUUUUUCAUUCAAUUGUCACUACGGUAA